AGCGCCGCGGGCAGGCUGCGGGGGUGGGGAAGGGGGAGAGUCGCCCGCCCACGCACACUUUUCUCCCAUCCCCGGCGGAGAAGUGAAAGAAGUUUGUUUUGUUGAGUGGUGUGCGGUGGGGUUUUUUUGUUGUUGUUUUCCUUUUUUUCCCUCCCCCCCCCCCCCCCGCUCCGUCCUUCCAGGGGGUUGUGUGGUUUUUGGGUAGAUUUUGGUUUUGGGUUUUUUUUUCCUUUUCCCCUUUCCUCCCCCCUUCUCCCGAUAACUUUCUUUGCACGCACAUACACCGAGCCAGCCGAUAAGACCAGGAGGGGCCGAAAGGGGAAGGUGAUGGCGAGCCGGCAGAAACCCGCCGAGCCCCGCCGCCGCUGAGCCCUCCGGGGCCGCCAGCCCCCUCCCGGCCUCCCCGCCCGCCGCCCCGGGCCCCCGCCGUCCCUCGACAAAUGCUGGAGCGCACCGCGCCCGCGCAACGCCCGCCGCAGUCCCGGACCCCGACGGCCGCGGCCUCCGUACGCGUUUGACGCCAAGAUGUUGCUUCCAGCUGCCUGAAGGAUAUUUUUCCCUCAUCCCCCCCUCCCUCUUCCCUGCUCCCGGCGACACAAGAUCUUGGAUGAGUUUUGCAAUGUGAAGUUCUGCAUCGAUGCCAGUCAACCAGAUGUAGGAAACUGGCUCAAAUAUAUCAAGUUUGCUGGAUGCUACAAUCAGCACAACCUUGUUGCAUGUCAGAUAAGUGAUCAGAUAUUCUACAGAGUGGUAGCAGAUAUUGAACCAGGAGAGGAGCUCUUACUGUUCAUGAAGAGUGAAGAUUAUUCACAUGAAGCAAUGGCUCCGGACAUUCACGAAGAGCGCCAGUAUCGCUGCGAGGACUGUGACCAGCUCUUUGAGUCCAAGGCUGAGCUUGUAGACCACCAGAAGUUCCCCUGCAGCACCCCUCACUCUGCCUUCUCCAUGGUGGAGGAGGACUUCCAGAAAAAGCUUGAGAAUGACAGUGACCUUCAGGAUGUGCAUGAAAUCCAGGAGUGUAAAGAGUGUGAUCAAGUCUUCCCAGACUUACAGAGCCUGGAGAAGCACAUGCUGUCACACAGUGAGGAGAGGGAGUACAAGUGUGACCAGUGUCCCAAAGCUUUUAACUGGAAGUCCAACUUGAUACGUCACCAAAUGUCACACGACAGCGGGAAGCACUACGAGUGUGAAAACUGUGCCAAGCAGGUUUUCACGGACCCCAGCAACCUUCAGAGGCACAUUCGUUCCCAGCAUGUUGGGGCUCGUGCUCAUGCUUGUCCAGAGUGUGGCAAAACCUUUGCCACUUCUUCAGGCCUCAAACAGCAUAAACACAUCCACAGCAGUGUCAAACCUUUUAUAUGUGAGGUCUGCCAUAAAUCCUAUACUCAGUUUUCAAACCUUUGUCGUCAUAAGCGCAUGCAUGCUGAUUGCAGAACCCAAAUCAAGUGCAAAGACUGUGGACAAAUGUUCAGCACUACGUCUUCCUUAAAUAAACACAGGAGAUUUUGUGAGGGCAAGAACCAUUUUGCAGCAGGAGGAUUUUUUGGCCAAGGCAUUUCACUUCCUGGAACCCCAGCUAUGGAUAAAACGUCCAUGGUUAAUAUGAAUCAUGCAAAUCCGGGCCUUGCUGACUAUUUUGGAGCCAAUAGGCAUCCUGCUGGUCUUACCUUUCCAACAGCUCCUGGAUUUUCUUUUAGCUUCCCUGGUCUGUUUCCUUCAGGCUUGUACCACAGGCCACCUUUGCUACCUACUAGUUCUCCUGUUAAAGGACUACCGAGCACAGAUCAGACAAACAAAAGUCAAAGUCCCCUCAUGACAAAUCCUCAGAUACUGCCAGCCUCCCAGGAUAUUUUGAAGGCACUAAAUAAGCAACCAUCAGUAGGGGAGAAUAAGCCAGUGGAGCUUCAACCAGAGAGGUCCUCUGAAGAGAGACCGCAUGAGAAACUCAGUGACCAGUCAGAGAGUAGUGACCUUGACCUUGACGAUGUCAGUACCCCCAGUGGCAGUGACCUGGAAACCACCUCGGGCUCUGAUCUGGAAAGUGACAUUGAAAGUGAGAAAGAGAAAUAUAAAGAAAAUGGUAAAAUGUUCAAAGACAAAGUAAGCUCUCUGCAGAGCCUGGCUUCAAUAAAUAAUAAGAAAGACCACAACAAUCAUUCAAUUUUCUCACCAUCCUUAGAGGAGCAGACUGCGGUGUCAGGAGCGGUGAAUGAUUCUAUAAAGGCUAUUGCUUCUAUUGCUGAAAAGUACUUUGGUUCAACAGGACUUGUGGGGCUGCAAGACAAAAAAGUCGGAGCCUUACCUUACCCUUCCAUGUUUCCCCUCCCGUUUUUUCCAGCAUUCUCUCAAUCAAUGUAUCCAUUUCCUGAUAGAGACUUGAGACCGUUACCCUUGAAAGUGGAGCCCCAAUCACCCAGUGAAAUUAAGAAGAUCCCAAAGGGAAGCUCUGAGUCUCCCUUUGAUCUCACCAUAAAGCGUAAGGAGGAGAAGCCACUUACUCCCAUACCCUCAAAGCCAGCAGCCCCCUCUGCAGCAAGCCAGGACCAGCCUUUAGAUCUCAGCAUGGGCAGCAGAAGUCGAGCCAGCGGCACAAAACAAGCCGAGCCUCGGAAAAACCACGUCUUUGGAGAAAAGAAAGGAAGUGACCUUGAGCAAAGGAAAGCUUCAGAGUCCUCCUUGCAGCACGCCAGGCCCACCCCAUUCUUUAUGGAUCCCAUUUACAGAGUAGAAAAAAGAAAGUUAACAGACCCACUGGAAGCUUUAAAAGAGAAAUACUUGAGACCUUCCCCGGGAUUCUUGUUUCAUCCACAAUUCCAAUUGCCUGAUCAAAGAAUUUGGAUGUCAGCGAUAGAAAACAUGGCUGAGAAGCUGGAGAGCUUUAGUGCCCUGAAACCGGAGGCCACUGAGCUGAUCCAGUCGGUGCCAUCCAUGUUCAACUUCCGCGCGCCGCCGAGCGCCCUACCCGACACCCUGCUGCGCAAGGGCAAGGAGCGCUACACCUGCAGAUACUGCGGCAAGAUUUUCCCGAGAUCUGCAAACCUAACACGUCACCUGAGGACACACACUGGAGAGCAGCCCUAUAGAUGCAAAUACUGUGACAGAUCCUUUAGCAUAUCUUCUAACCUGCAGAGACAUGUCCGUAACAUCCACAAUAAAGAGAAGCCAUUCAAGUGUCACUUGUGUGACAGGUGUUUUGGUCAACAAACCAAUCUUGACAGACAUCUAAAAAAGCACGAGAAUGGGAACAUGUCUGGUACUGCAACAUCUUCACCUCACUCAGAACUGGAAAGCACAGGGGCAAUCCUAGACGACAAGGAAGACUCUUACUUCACAGAAAUUAGGAAUUUUAUUGGAAACAGCAACCACAACAAUCAGUCCCCCCAAAACUCAGAGGAGAGAAUGAAUGGCAGCCACUUUAAGGACGAAAAAGCCAUGGUAGCCAGCCAGAACUCAGAUUUGCUGGACGACGAAGAGGCAGAAGACGAAGUAAUGAUGGAUGAAGAAGAUGAAGAGAGCGAAAUUGCAGGGAAAGCAGUCAAAGAGCCUGUUGCGAGUGACAUGCACGAGGGGACUCCAGAGGAGGACUAUGAGGAAACGAGUACUUUGGACAUGAACUGCAAAGCUUCCCCUGGCAGGUAUAAAGAGGAGGAGUAUAAUAAGACUGGACUUUCGGCUUUGGACCACAUAAGGCACUUCACAGACAGCCUCAAAAUGAGGAAAAUGGAAGAAAAUCAAUACAGUGAAGCUGAAUUGGCAGCUUUCAAUACUUCCCAGCUGCCAGAGGACCUAAAGCAACCGUUGUACAGGAAAUCCAAAUCCCAGGCAUACGCCAUGAUGCUCUCUCUCUCCGACAAGGACUCCCUUCAUUCCACAUCUCACAGUUCUCCCAAUAUGUGGCACAGUAUGGCGAGAGCCGCCGCGGAAUCCAGCGCCAUUCAAUCCAUCAGCCACGUAUGACAUUGAGAAGUCUUACCGAGAAAUGGGACCAAGUCCAAACCCAGUAGCAUGGCUCUUUCCUAUAUGACUAUUUAAAAGACUGCUGAGCAGAAUGCCUUAUAAAUCUGCAGGGUCACUCAUUUAAAGUCCGGUGACCUUAAACUGAAUAAUUUUAAAAGAAAAGAAAGAAAGAAACUAUUUAUUCUCAAUAUUUUGUUUUGCACAGCAAAGGCAGCUGCUGACUUCUGGAGGAUCAAUGAGACUCAAAAACAAAAAACACAACACAAAACAAAAAAAAAGGAAAAAGAAAACCCCAAGUUUCAGUGGAUUCUGUAAACUGAGGCCGGGAAAAAAAUGUCUUCCAGUUCACCCGGCUUUGAGGGGCAGGGGCAAAAGGGUUAAGACUGCAUUGAUACACACAUGGGCACUCCUUUAAAGUAGGAACAGAAUCGAUUUCCAUUUUUAUUUUGUAUAAGAUAGUUUGACACAGGAUUGGGAACAGUUGCUUUUAUGUACAAAUCUCUUCGUUAAAGCUUUAUGCAUUUUAGCCCUUCAAAGGAAGAAACUAGUUCUAUCAAACGCUCACUAUCCAUUGUAAAUGUAGAAAGAAGUAACAGGGAAGAUUUUGUUGUCUCCGUAAUUCUUUUGCCUUCUCAACUGCAUUGUUAAGGAAAAAAAAGACCUGAAAAAUAAGGAAAAAAAACAAAAAAGAAAGGAAAAAAAAAAGAACUCUGAGAAACAAUACAUAUGAGGCUUGUGUAUAUUGUAAACUAUGAAUGUUCACUGCUCCAAGAAGCUAAAUCAUCCAGAUAAUUCCGUGAAAGCACCGCAUCCAUCGACAGCACCACUACUUCAAAUCAUCGUAAGGAGAUUUUAAUUUUUGACAAUCAUGUCACUGUUUUGUUGUAUUGUUUCCUUUCUCCCCCUCCCCCCCUUACCCUCUAAUUUCUUCUUUGUGUUGUUGUGUACCAUGUAUUUAUUUGUUGGCAAACGAUUGUUUGUUGAGUAAAAAUAGCACUGUUCCUAUAACAAACAGCACUGCUCCAGUCCCCCACUGCGUUAACGAUGCAAGGCACCCAUGUACUUCAAAAGAAAAGAAGUGAGGUGAACUGAUCUGUGUAUAUGGGAGUGCAAAACAGUGUUUGAAAUUUUCUUACAUUCCUCUCUCUUUUUUUUUGUUUCUUUUUUUUUUUUUUGCCUUUUAAUGAACUAAAUAACUAAUAGAAGCGACUUAGGUUGGGGUUUUUUUGUUUUGUAAUGCAUUAAAUUGAUUCGAUUGUAUAAACAGUUAUAAUUUCUUCAUGAAAGCAUGAUUCUUCUGAUUAAAAAGACAAAAAAAAACCUGUACCCAAUAUUUUAUGCUGGUUGUCUGCAAGCUUGUGUGAUGUUAUGUUCAUGUUAAUCCUAUUUGUAAGAUGAAGUGUUCCAAAUUUAUGGUUUAAAAGAAAUAAAGAAAUAACAGAAGGUAUUCAGUUAUUUUUUUGGGGGGUUUGGUUUUAUUUUGGCCUUUAGUGAGGGACCAGAUUUAUUUUGUUUUUGUUUUGUUUAUAAUCUCAUUUUGAAAUAAUCGGCAAGUUGAGGUACUUUCUUUAAAUGCUUUGUACAAUGUAACUGUUACGCAUUUCAGUACAUUACUAUGGGAGGAUCAACUUAAAAAUAAAGGACUACAAAACUGAAGGGA